AUGGUUCGUCCAACAAAAACGAAAUUAUUAAAAUCGAUCUGUAAACAGGCCGAAUUAACUCAUGCUCGUUUUCGUGGUUCAUCAUCGACAAAUAAAAUUAAUCAAACAGAUAAAAAUUUAUCAUUUAUAAUUAAAACUGGAGAAAAAUUUCGAAAAAAACUAGCACAAUUAAGUGUCGGAACAAGGCUAUCGUCAAUUAAAAAAGAAUGGAUUAUUGUCAAACAAGUUGAACUAUCGAAACUACGUGAACAAUGUUUAUGUGGACGACCAAAUUUAAAAUUUGUUGCAUACUUAAAAAAUACAGUAAGUAACAAGGAAAUCACAGCAGGCAAUUGCUGCUUAUUAACAUUUAAACGAUAAACGUACACUCUAAAAAAAAUCGGUUUUUUACCGAACCCCCAAAAAAGGUUCCGGAGAUGUCUAAAAGCAUCCAAAGAUGUCCAAAGUCUCAAAAAAAAAGGAUAAAAAAAUCUACGAAACCUUUAAAGGUUCUUACCGUGUACCGAGGAUAAGAACCUUUUGCUGCGAAACCUUUUUUUAAGUUCCGUACAGCAGAAAAAGGUUUCGUAGGAAAAUACGAAACC